AUGGUUAUAAGAGGCGAUUUUUUCUCAUUUUCCCGCUCCUCCUUCCUUCACAUUCUUUCUUUUCUUGAGAGCGACCUUGAAGAAAAAUCACAGCCUACACUAACCCUUCUCUGCCUCGCCGCCCUCCUCUAUCGUGACGCCGCUGCUCUCUGCUCCUCCUCCCCCACCGCCGCCGCGCUCUACUCUCCCCUUAUCGCUUCAAGGUGGGUUUUGCAGACCUUACCUGCAGUUGCAGAACUCAAAAUUGAUGAUGGGAGACGAUUAAUAACCGGCGAUGGUGAUGGGAAUAGCAGUAGAAAAACAGAUCUGAAGCUUCUCAUAUCAACAUCGACUCUUCCGACAUCCAUGAUAAUUCUGCUAAAUCUAGCCCUUUCGUUUAUUCUUCCCACCAUUAUGGGUGAGAGGUCAUUCUUUUUCUCUCCUUUUUGUUCGAUUUAUCUGGGGAUUUCUUAAAUUUUACUGGCUUUUAUUCAAUUUGUCAUUUGCCUUCGGGAAAUUUAAUGUAUUUGGAUUUUCUGAAGCAAAAAAGCUCUGUGAAGGGUGACUCGAGUCCACAAUCGAGUCCCUUUCCUUACCCAGGUAAGUUUUCUAACCCUUUUUUAAUUGAGCAAUUCUCCAAUUUGGUCGAUCUAUGAGGGCAUUUUUUAUGACUCUAAUGUUUUUUGUGAGACUUUUCCUUAUCUAAAUUGGAAUUUAUCACAUGUUUUUCAUCUGAAUAAUUUCAAUUUUCUUUCUGGUUGGUAAAACUACAAAACCUAAAACAAAGAAGCAAAAUUUAAGCAGUUGAUAUGCCUAAUAUUGAUAAUUAAUGUUAAAAUUGACUUGAUUUGGCUGUAAAUCUGUAAUCGUACUAGUCUUGCACCUCUCUAGGUUAAUUUUCUAUUGUUUUGGAAUGGAAAUCAUUUAAUUUGAAGUUACUGGAGAAUUUAAUUAUGGUACCAGUUAUUGUAUCAAAUGUCCAAUUGUUUCUAAGAACAUUUCAAAUUUAAUUUGGCUUUGUGUGGUUUUGGAUUAUAAUAGUGGGCUGAAUUACUUGAAUAGCGGACCAAUUUUGAUGUCAACUGUGAGUAAGUAAGUUUGUUAGUAGUUAGACUCCAGUUGCAUAACAUACCGUCCUCGACAUAUCAUUACAACAAAUUUUUGCCAACUUAUGCUUGGGCACUGCAGAGUUCAAGAAAAACGAAGCGCUCAAGUAUGGUGUAUAUAGAGUCCAACAAGUCCAGGAACCUCAUCCUCUAAAGGUUGGCGUAUCAAUAAGCAGCCAACCUUAUGAAUUGAUUUGGUGUUCAGAUAUGCUACUUUUUCUUUAUACUUAGUCUCUUUCCCACUUCUUUUUAGUACUACUUUUGGUUUUAUUGCAGAUUUAUACUUGUUUUAGCGUCAUAAUGCUGUUUAUUUAGUGUAUUUGAAUGCUUUCUUUUUUAAUUUGAUUUACGAGCAAGUAAUUUUGGUGGGGUUUAGCUGUUGGUAUUUGGGUUUUCUUUGUUUUUUUAAUUGUUUUUGUCCCCUCUUGUAAAUUGAAUUUAUAUGAAUUUGGGUUUGCUCAUUUUGUUCGAAUUGAUAUCAUGGUUUAGACGCUAGUUGGAUUUGUAGCUUAAUUGCAUUGUCAAAUUUGUCAUUUUGGCACAACUUGGUUAUUAAUUCUGUUUGUCAUGCCCGUUGAUUUUUGGUUUUUACCAGUUUUUUGUUCAGCUUAUCUAACAAGAUCUAGCAAUCAUGUGGCUGCAGUUUGGUUGACUUUUUGCUGAGUUUUUAUGACUUUAGUUGACUUGUGUGUGUGUUAGAUGGGUCUACUUUGCUGAGUUAGGCUAGUGCUUUGUUGCAUCUAUCUUGUUUUGGUGGAAAGGGAGUCUGGCUGCACCAUGCCUCAAGGUAUUCGAUACUUUAAGGUAAAUGUUAUGUCAACUUCCUCCUAACAGUAGUUUUGAUUAUAUUUUUGGUAAGGGAUGGGUGAGUUCUUCUAUUUCUCUUAAUCAUAGAGGACAUUCACACCAGAGACUCCAUGAACUGCAUAUCACAACAUUUUCUUCUAAUUUCUUUAUAACGUACCUUACUUUUCUAGUUCGAUCACAUCAAUGGUAUUUGUUGACUUUUUCUGCUAUAUGGACCUUGUCUUUGCAGUCUACAGUAUUGCAUUCCCAAUCGAAAUAUGCAUAAAUAACUGAUGUUUCCUGAAAUUUCCCCUGGAAUUCUUCAUAGAUUCAACCCUUCACAUUGGCUGUAAAAUCUCGUAUGUUGACUAUCCUCCUUUAUUCAGUCACCCAAGAAUGUUUCUUUUCUCUGCAAUGAACAACCAUUAACUUUCUCAUUAGGUUGAUUGAUGGCUGUUCUUUUAUGGCUGAAUGAGACUGCAAUUUCAGCAUAUACCAGAAUAAGGUUAGCUAUGUAAUAACCUUGUGUUUCUCAUGUCAGAUGCUCACAACUCUUUUCUGUAAAGGUGUGAAGAUAAAGACAUGAAGCUGGUCACCAAACAUGAAGCGGGUGAAGAAAAUAACAUCUUAUUUUAGAUCUAUAAUUCUAAAUGAGAACUUAUUUCCUAUUUUCUUUGGUUUUAAUAAUUAGUCAUGUACUUAUCUCGAUAUUAAGCGAUGUACAUAGUUCGGGGUUUGUCCGUGACAGUUUUUUAGGGGACUAAUUAUGUAAUGACUUCAUAUAUUUGUUAAUAAAACAAUUGA